AUGGCGAUUCCCACCCCUCAUCCACUCCCUUCAGCGCUCCAUAGAACAGUCACGGUUACCUCCUUCAUAAAUUUUAACUUAAGCUCGUCUGCUCCAACAUUCCCUAGAACAGUCACCGUUACGUCUUUCAUAUGUGUUAACCCAAGCGCACCUGCUCCAACCUAUGGACCUCUUGAGGCCAGCACCACUGCCUAUUUUGGACUUUGUGAUCCACCCGGACCCUGGGGGAGGACGUAUGCUUGCUACACCAACACUGAGCUUGUUCCAUUGCGCUCGUCCGAGAAAUCAUUCCUCGGGACUCUCGGUCGAGCCAAAACCCUCCCAUAUCGUUUCGACACAUUGGGCCCGAAACCUGGGCCCAGCCGGCUGGACCCCAGAGCUAAGGUAUUAUAUCACGAUCUCGUAUGAUACUCUGGGGUUUCAUCCUAAACUUACAAGAUCCAGGCGGCUAUUCUUGCUCAAACCCUCUCUUCCGGGAGAACCACCGCGACCAGAAGCACCGACGAAGAAGUGGUAACCGGAUUGCCGGCUCACACAGCCAGCAUAACUCCAUCACUUACCUACUCAAUUCCAGUCACAACGGUCUCCCCCGCAGCUACCGUUCCGCAUCCAUAUGCGGCGCUGUUUCUGCAGGCUCCGGUAGUGUUGGCAUUUCUUGGGAUAUUUUUAUUGUUUUGUGGGUUUCUGUGGAGGUUUCGUGUGCAUCAGAUACUUUCACAGGUAAUCCUCUGGCUGUGGCGUCAGAUUCGGCAAUUUUUGAAAGACAGGUUUUCCAGAGGCAACGGAAGAGACACAACAAUAGGACCAUCGGUCGAGGCACCUGAAUUCUUGGGGACAGAAAAGCAUCGGCAAGGUCGAUUGAAUUCCUACCUAGGUUCAAAUUCCUCCACUGCGGUCGAGCUACGUGAGGACGAUGAUGAGGUUUUUCAGGCCGAUAGUGGGGAGUCCCGUGAGGGAGAUACAGCUACCCUUGUGCCAAGUUUGGAGCUGAAUCCCGGGGGCGAAAACCAUGGAGAUGAUAUCGAGGAAUCCAAUUCCGCUUUGAACGUCCGCCCCCGUCCGAGUGGCAACCUGUCUUGCAAUAGUGUUAGGGAAAUUGGUCCUGCUGGUUAAUUUCUCCUAAAGUUUCCGGGGCGGCCAGCCUUGGUCUGGUUGGAGGGUCUGCGGUGCGCCUAGUGGUCCGCGGCAUUGUAGUGAAUCUUGCUGUGCUAAGUUUCUUCCUUUUAUGUCUCUCGUUGCUCAAGUCAGAGCUGGCUCUUUGGGGGGCGGCGAUUGGGAUCAAGCUCCGUCACUUGAGCUCCAGAUAAGUUGGAAGUAGCUCAUUCGGACUGCCGGGUUAGUUUUAGAGCGG